UCCAAUUAUCAACGAUGUUUUUCUUGUCCAGGCACUCAAACACAAUAUAAGACCUGAUGCUGAUUUACUCAAAGUUUUGUAAAAAGAAAAUAACCAAGAAAUACAAACAAUAAUAAACGCAAUACAGCUGGGCUGGAAAUCAAUGCCAGAAGAACGAGUACCCAUGAAAAAUAAAAGACGUAUUUCUCCAAUUGAAACAGCAAAACACUAUAUAGAAAUGGAAAAAGACCCACACACUUUAUACAAAAAAGAAGUAGAUAAAACAAAAGUAUUGAAGCCACAUUUCAUUUUAAUUAUAUUGGCUGUUAUUUCAAUGGUUCAAAAUAUUAUCCAAAUGCUAUAAUGAAAAAAGUUGUAUUGAAUAACACUCCAUCUUUAUGCUUGUUUGCAUUAAAGGAUAUCGAGCCAGUGAAGAAAUACUAUACUUCUACGGUGUUGACAAUUUAAUUUGGCAUACUGAAGAAUUAAAAAGGAAACAUCAAAAAAGAAACAAAUCAAAGGCUUGUUCUCCUACAAUAAAAAACAUGGCAUCGUAUGAAGCUGCAGAAGACAUUGAUUUUGGUGUGGAAUGCACAAUAUCUAACUCGCCAUUUCACAAUUCAAGUUUAGAGGCUUAUUCUCCUACAACAAAAAACAUUGCAUCAGAUAGUAAAGCUGUAGAAGAUUUAAACAUUGAUUUUGGUGUGGAAAAUGCAAUAUCUAACUCGCCAUUUCACAAUUCAAGUUUAGAGGUACAUGCUUGUUCUUCUAUAGAAAAAGACACAGAUUUGGACGAAGAGGAAACAAAUACAAAAGAUUUUGAUAAGAAGGAAUUUCACCCAGAGAAAUUAGUUCAUUUGUCAAAAAUGAGUAACACCAAGGUCAAGUCAAUGAAAAGAAAACCAGGCAGAAUUUGUAUAUUUUGCAACAAAAUUCAAUCGAGAUUAACAAGACAUAUAACUUUAAAACAUAAAGAUAUAGAAACUGUUAAAUCAACUUUGAAUCUUCCAGACAGAGAAAAACUAAAAAUGGUACCAGGGUUAAUGUUAAAUAUUUUUAAAGAAAAUUAA